UCUCUGCAUCUUUAACACGCUGUUUGUAACGCGUCCUUUUCCUCUUUAUCUUCUUCUUCUCCUUCUUCUCAUUUCAAUCGUCUGAGAUUGCUCAACACCUGAGAUUCUUGCUCGGACAAAUCUCUACUUCAAUUAGAUUGUGUUGGUCGAGAAUCGAGAGAGAGGUGAGGAACAACAACCAUGAUUCGAAGGACUGCAUGCUGGAGUAAGCUGGUUCAAUCUGUUCGAGUUGGCUCUUCGUCAUCUUUGCCAACCAAGUGUGCACUGGUUGCUAGUCUCCUAUUAUUUUUUAAAAUUAGGAGAACUGAUAUAUCUCCCUCGGUUUAGCGGCUUCGAGAUCACCGCUGCUUUGGAUCAGGGGCUGCUUCUAACGCAGAACAAGCGUGUGAAGCAUCUGUGUGCAGAUUGAUCUUCUUCUGGGUUACUUGGACUGCAGUAAAUUUGGUAAGAAUGAGUAUGCUGAUGUGGAUUGGGAUAAUCUUGGAUUUGGUCUAGUGCCAACUGAUUACAUGUACAUGAUGAAAUGUUCCAACAACGGGAUAUUCGAACAAGGCCAACUUAAUCGUUAUGGAAAUAUUGAACUAAGCCCUGCUGCUGGAGUUUUGAAUUAUGGCCAGGGUAUAUAUGAAGGGAUGAAAGCAUUCAGGAAUGAAGAUGGCAAUCUCCUUAUCUUUCGUCCAGACCAGAAUGCAAUGCGAAUGAAGAUUGGUUCAGAAAGAAUGUGCAUGCCCUCGCCAUCCCUUGAUCAAUUUAUCGAUGCUGUGAAGCAAACUGCUCAAGCUAACAAGUGUUGGGUUCCCCCUCCAGGAAAAGGGUCUUUAUAUAUUAGGCCUCUACUUAUAGGAAGUGGUCCUAUAUUAGGUUUAGGCACGUCGCCUGAAUACACAUUCCUUGUAUACGCUUCACCAGUCCGCAACUAUUUCAAGGAGGGUUCUGCACCUUUGAGCAUAUACGUCGAGGAGGAAUAUCAUCGUUCCUCUCGUGGUGGGGCUGGAGGUGUCAAAAGCAUCACCAAUUAUGCUCCAGUUUUGAAGGCACUACUCAGAGCAAAGAGCCGAGGAUUUUCUGAUGUGUUAUAUCUAGACUCGGUAAAUAAAAAGAAUCUGGAGGAGGUCUCUUCUUGUAACAUUUUCAUUGUGAAGGGCAAUGUUAUUUCAACUCCUGCAACGGCUGGGACUAUACUAUCAGGGGUAACUCGAAGAAGCAUUAUUGAAAUCGCUCGCGAUCAUGGUUAUCAGGUUGAGGAGCGUGCAAUUCCGGUAGAUGAACUGAGUGAAGCUGAUGAAGUAUUCUGUACAGGAACUGCAGUCGGUGUUGCUCCUGUGGGAAACAUUACAUAUAAAGAUAAAAGGAUGGAAUACAAAACAGGUGCUCAAACUGUUUGUCCACAGCUCUACUCAACUCUCAUAGGAAUUCAAACGGGUCGUAUUGAGGAUAAGAAAGGCUGGAUUCUUGAAAUUGAUUGAUCUUCGUUCCAAAGUAGAGUGGAAUAAGAUGUACAUUCAGUUUAUCACUAUGUUUAGAACCACGGUUGUUGCCCGUGAUCCUCACCUUGUUCCUUGGCGUUUACGUGUUGCUUGGAGUAAUUGCUUGCACCUUAUCUCACAGAUGCAUUUUCGGUCUUCUCAUAUUUUUAGGGAGGGCAAUCAAGUGGCUGAUGCUCUUGCUAAUAUGGGUUUGUCCUUGAUUGGCAUCAUGACAUGGUGGGAUGAUCCUCCUGCUUCCAUCCUUCAGUAUUGUCGGCGAGAUGAACUUGGUCUCCUAAAUUUUCGAAUAUGUUAAGUUGUUUAGGUUGUUUCUAUUGUUUAUCUGAUUUCUCGUGAGGGAGGCCUUGCUCUUCCCCUAUGGUUGUAACUUUUUUUUCUCUCUCAAUAAAUUGGGGUUGGAGAGCUUUCUCUUACCAGUCCCCGUUUUAACCAAAAAAAAAAAA